AUGGAAUAUCAAAAUUUAAAUUCUCCAAGUGAUACUGAUCAAGGUGGUAAACGUGGUCGUACACCAACUGAUGAUGAUUAUGAACGUCAUGUUACUAGAAAAGGUACUCCAAAACGUUCAAAAUCUGUUCAAAAAAAUACACGUACAUUUAUCAAUUCGAUACGUAGUGCGACAACUACAGAUAACAAUGAUUCAAAUUCAAAUUUAAGAAUGGACGAUGUGAACUUCCAAUCAAGCAACAAUAAUAAUAAGAAGAACAUUAACAAUGAUAAUGAUUCAUCCAUUUUUAAUUUUUCAAGGAGUGCUAUUGAUUAUGCAAUUAAUCAACACCUACCCCCGAUUAAAAUUAUUUGUGAACCUAAAAUAGGUAAUCAAAAAGAAGGUGGUGUUAUUAUUAAAGGUUUAAUUAAAUCGAUUGAACAUGAUUUUAAAGGUGUUAAUCCUAGACAUAAUGAUUUAAUUGGUUUUGAUAGUUGGUACAUUGAUUUUAAAGGUGAUAUUUGUUGUAUUACAAAUGAUAUUGAAUUAUUUGUUUAUCUUUGUGAUGAUAAUCAUGUUCCAAAACUUAUUCAAUAUCUCCGUCUACAUCCAGAAGUAUUUCCAAAUGAUACUCAGAUCUUUAUUCCCUCCAACUUUCGUCAAGAGGGUGGUAAAGUAUUAGGUAAACGUAUGAUGGAUAAAAAUCAAGAUUAUUAUUAUUAUAAAUCGUCAAAAAUUAAUCCUGUUCCUGUUUGGCCUUCGCUAUCAUCAAAAUCAACUAUUUAUGAACCUAAUGCUAAUCUAAAUCAUCAGAAUUUAAAUGUAAAGGACCAGCUGAAUCUUAAAGAUUUUUUAGCUCGUAUUGAAAAAGAUUGCAAUGAAGCAAAACAAGAAUAUGAUAGAAGAUUUAAUGAUACAACAACAAAAAUUAAUAUGUGUUUAAACCAGGUUCAAUCAUUAAUGAACUGCUUCUCGUCAACAAUUCAACGUCAAAAUGAAAUGAUUUACGUAUUAAAAACUUCAUUAAAUGAAUGUCUUGAAAUUAUUAAAAUUACAAAUCAAGCAUUAUGUUUAUUAUUAGAUAAAACCGGUGAACAACAAUAUAAAGAUAUGAUUCAACAAAUAUCUGCUAUACCUUUAUAA